AUGAAAGGAAAUUACUGGCCAUAUGGGAGGAGUUUCAACAUGAAAAGGGCGACGGGAAGAUUCGGAAAUGGAAGAGUUUUCUCGGAUAUUAUUACCGAGGGUUUGGGGAUUAAAAAAACUUUACCAGCUUAUCGUAAGUUGUUCAACUCUCCAAGCGACCUCAGAACUGGUGUUUGUUUCGCAUCAGGUGGUGCAGGAGUCGACCCUGUUACAUCCAGAAUGCUGGAUUUAUAUGACCAAGGAGCCAGAAAAUUCGCGGUGAUGGGAGUGAUUCCAUUGGGAUGCUUGCCUUUGGCAAGAAUAUUUCUUGGUGGGUUCGUCAUAUCGUGUAACUUCUUCGCGAAUAGAGUAGCGCAAGAUUACAACAGAAAAUUGUCGAACGGAAUUCAAAGUUGGGGAAGUGAAUUCCGCGGUGCAAAAUUUGUCUAUGUCGACAUGUAUACCACUCUUACGGAUGUUGUCAAAAAUUAUAGGAGAUACGGAUUUACUAAUAAUAAGAAUGGGUGUUGUUGUAUGCCUACGGCAAUAAUACCAUGCCCCUUCCCUGAUAGAUACGUCUUCUAUGACUUCGCUCAUCCUUCCGAGAAAGCCUACAAAAUACCGACGGGAAGAUUUGGAAAUGGAAGAGUUUUCACCGAUACAGUUGCCGAAGGUUUGGGGAUCAAAAGACUUGUACCAGCUUAUCGCAGGGUUCGUAACAUGAAACCGGACGAGCUGAAAACCGGAGUAUGUUUUGCAUCGGGUGGUUCAGGACUCGACGAUCUUACAUCAGCAACGCUGGAUUUAUAUGAUCUUGGAGCGAGGAAAUUCGCGGUGAUGGGAGUGUUGCCGCUGGGAUGUAUGCCUGUGCAUCGAAUUGCAUUUGGUGGGGUAUUCGCAUGGUGUAACUUCGCAUUUAAUAAAGUUGCGGAAGAUUUCAACACCAAACUGCAGAAAUCUCUUCAAAGUUACGAAGUAGAAUUAUGUUUUAAAGGUGCAAAGUUUGCUUACGUCGAUAUUUACGGCACUCUUAUGGAUCUUAUCAACCAUCCUAAGGCCUAUGGUACGUAA